UUCCAUCUAAACAGGUAUUUCAGCCUGAGACAGGCUUUAGGGUACAAGGGAGGCUCAUUGUGUACUGGAGCUAGCAAACCAGAAAGUUUUUUCAACGGCUGUUGACAAGAUGGACAGAGAGAAGGUCAGUUUGCAUUCAGAUUAAAGGAAGUCCUUAGUGAUAUAUUACCAAGGUUUUUCAGUAGUGGUUUUCAAUGUUAUUGUUUGCAUUGGUGAUACUCAACAAAUGGGUUUGGGGUAUUUCAAUAGUAUGACCAGUAUUUCUAAGAGCUAAUGUCUUUAAGAUAUUUAGAUUAUUUGGCACAGUAAAAGGAAUCACCCAAGACGGUAAUUUAUGCCAUGUAUCACUCCAAAUCUGGACAUCACAACAUUGAAUUUGUCGACUGCUAUUAAUACUAUAAACAUACAUAGUGAAAGUACAGUUUAAACUGGACUUUAAACAUUUUCAAACAUGUGCCAACGCACACACACACAGGUGAUUAAUUGUACAAUUAUGGGUUAGGCUUGACUUUGAAAUGGUGCAUUGCAGUUGGUAUUCUGAGUCAUAUGUUAUUUAUACUGCUACUAAAGAUAUUACCUAGAGCUUAACAUUUGAGUCUAUGGUAAAAAGCUACUUUCCUGGGAUUCACAAUACACGUGUAAAAGGGCUAAUUGAAUUGCUGUUAUUUAUGAAAUAUUUUAGUAUGAACAUUGUUUUACUUGGAUCAUUAUUUUCUUGCUUCUGUGUAACUUGACCAUUUAUAGAUUAACCUUAUAGUUCACGCAAUACAGAAUUUAAGAUGAGAAUACUGCCAUCUGCUGGAUACAUCUGGAAAUCCAAGAUGACACUAAAUCGCAGGGAUGCGCCUGCGUACGUUUUGACGUCUACCGUUUCCGGAAGUCGAUCGUUCACUCCCGUGGUCCAGAGUAAAAAACGAUAGCGCAAACAAGUAUACCGUAUUUCUGUAAUUGCAACAUCACAAAUGUCAGUAGGGACCCGUUUAGAGAACGCAAAUCCCUUGAUUUUUCAACGAACAGGCGAGAGACUUCAGACCGCAAAGGACGAGGACGAAGAUGUUGCUGAUCCCAUUGACGACAGAGAAAUAUUUGAUCUCAUCAGAUCCAUUAAUGAUCCUGAACACCCACUGUCCCUCGAGGAAUUGAAUGUCGUGGAACAAGUGCGAGUGCGCGUAGAUGACCAAGAGAACACUGUGGGUGUGGAGUUCACCCCCACUAUACCCCACUGCAGCAUGGCAACUCUCAUAGGCCUGUCCAUCAAAGUCAAGCUGCUGCGAUCCCUACCAGAAAGGUUUAAGAUUGAUGUGCACAUCACUCCUGGGACGCAUACCUCAGAAGAUGCAGUCAACAAACAGCUGGCAGACAAAGAGAGAGUGGCCGCUGCACUCGAGAACUCCCAGCUUCUGGAGGUGGUCAACCAGUGUCUGAUAUCCAGUGCAAGGACAAGCUGACCGUCCUGAUGGAUCAAUAGAAAUGUCUCCUUAGUCCAGGAGUAGGCUUAAUGUUUCUCUCCUGACAUAUUAACUGGACUGGUUGUUAUGUUUAUGUUGAGUAAAUGGCAAAUGUAUCUCCUAUGCUGCCAUUGUAUUUUCA